AUGAAGAUCAAGCUCAAGACCAACCCACAGGCCGCCGGCGCCGCGCCUGCGGAGGCAUCUACGAAUGGAGCGUCCCAACCUUCGGCGGCACCGAGCGCUGGACCAAAGCUCGCUUUGAAGUUCAAGCCCGCGGCUGCUCCUGCUGGAGAUUCCGCCGAUGGCCCCGUUGGCGACGCGCCGAAGCAGAAGCGCAAGUACACAAAGAAGGCCAAGUUGGAUGAGAAUGGCCAGCCACUGCCCGCGACAAAGCCAGGUCCUAAGCCUAAGAAGCGAGCGCUGGAAGAUGGAGAGGAACGCGACCCCUCCAAGCGCAAAGUCAAACCCACCAUGAAGAGCUUGUCUUCUGCCUACGUUGAUGAAAGCGAUGAAGAAGAGGAUAUAGCGCAUGCACCCGCACUCGCGGCCUUGAGUCAGGCGGCGCGAACCAAUUCGAUCAAGAUCUCGUUGAAAAAGAAUGCCACUGGCGGCACGCGACCGGCUGCGGCAAUCCUCAAAGUCAAAGGCCAUGGAAGGCCUCCGCCACGGCCACCGGGUGUAGGAUACGAUAGCGAGGCAGAAGAGGCGGAGAAAGAUCCAGCUAUUGAGAGUCAAUUCGUGCUACGGAUGGCACCGGGCCCGGACAACGACCUGCUGCGGAGAGCCAUCGAGGAGAAGACCAUCGGAAAGAGCCAGGGCAGUGGAGGGCCGGGAGUGCAGUUCCGCUUCUUCGACCGCGAAGGCCGCAAGGCCAUGAUCACAAUACAGGGCCGUCACUAUGCUGCUACUAUGGUCGAGCUUCCCUGCGUAAUUGAAUCGCUGAAAAGUUGGAAUAAGAAGGACUGGGUGAAAUCGGCAGACGUAUGUCAGAUGCUGCUAGUUCUCGGUCGCGUACAGAAUGAAGAGGAGGCUAAGAAGUACACACGCCCCCGCGAAAUCGAGCCAGAUUCGCACAGAUACCCUCAUGGCCUCACUCCACCCAUGCGAUGGGUGCGCAAGCGCCGUUUCCGACCGCGCAAGUCGUAUCUCGAUGUUGAACGGAUAGAAAACUCCGUCGAAGAACUACUCAAUCACGACGAAGGCGCCGAGGAUGUUCAAUUUGGCUAUAUAGACAGCGAUUAUGAAUCUUCUGGGGCAGAAUCCGAUGAUGAAGACGCUCCAGGCGAAGACGAGGACAUGCCUGACGCUGAAUAUGCAGAAACGCCGAUGGCAGAGUUGGCUGAUGAGGAUGAGCUCAUGGCCAUGUUCCACGAUGAACUCGAGGGCGAAGAAGUUGAGGUCGAAGCGAAUGGCGAUGUGAAUGUGGAUGAUCUAUUCAACGGAAACAACGAAAUCGAAGUGGAAACCCCUGCAACAGCCGGCGCCCACGAGGUCGCAAUGCACGCCCUCUCCCAGAACAGAAACAUUGUCAUCGAGCCCGGCAGCGCAGCGUCUACCCCAGCAGCUGCCACAUCGCCCGACGAUGAUGAUGACGACGACGACGACGAUGACGAUGAUGACGACGACCCUGAGGCAGCUGAAAGGCAGCGUGAGCGCGAAGAAAUUUUGGAGCAAAUUCGCGAUUUGGACACUGCGAUUGCGGAUAACAUUGCGCAAAGGGAUGCAACGACAAACAUGCUAUUCAAGAAGAGAGUGCAAAGCAGACUCGACGGCCUUAUUGAGGACAGAAAGGUCAAGUUGGGUCGCCUUGGGAUGUCCGAGGAUGAGUAG